AUGCAAAUUCUAAAACCAGAGUGGCUUGCUCAUUUUGAUGAUAAAGGGCAAAGGACUAUAAUUUUUACAUUACAUGUACAUCCUGAUGGAUCAAGGAUAGCGACUGGAGGACUUGAUAACACAAUAAAAUUAUGGAGUACUGAAGCAAUAAUGAAUCCAAAUACAACUUCUCCAAAAUUAUUAUGUACAUUAGGAAUUCAUACUGGAUCAGUACUCUGUGUUAGAUGGUCUAAUCGUAAUGGACAUUUUUUUGCAUCAGGAUCUGAUGAUGACCUCAUCCUUAUAUGGCAAUUAGAUGCAGCUGCAGUUAGUUGGGGAGGCGGUAGUACUUUUGGAAGCGGUGAACAAAAUAUCGAAGUUUGGAAACCAAUUAGACGUUUAGCUGGUCAUGAAUCAGAUGUAGCAGAUUUAUCUUGGUCACCUGAUAAUACAUAUUUGGCUUCCUGUGGAUUUGAUAGUACAGUUUAUAUAUGGAAUUGUCAAACUUCUGAGAGACUACAUAAACUGGAAGGUCAUAGUGCUUUUGUAAAAGGUGUUUCAUGGGAUCCUAUCGGUGAAUACUUGGCUACACAGGUAUUUGAUAAUUAA